UCCCACAUCCUGUAUCAAGACUACCUCCCACAAGUUACAGCCACCCUGUGCCUCUCUCGGUUGUGAGCGCCACUGCAUCAAUGUGUGUUUCGAAACUCCUGUCCAGCGCCCCCUGUUCUGUGUGACCAAGACUUUGAAACGAUCAUGUACAACACUGGACAAACAACGUAAACAACAAUGUUAAUAAGACGAAAAGUCAUAGGUUACAGUGAAUGUCUACUGGAAAUAAUUUAGUGAAUAUUUGUUAUUCUCAAACACAAAAUUCAGUGAAAAAGAUGUACGAAAUAAACAAAAUGUAAUUGUUCAACUGAAGAAAAAGUAAAUUUCGGAUAUCUAAAAGUCACACGUCUUUAUUAAAAAUGCAACAUGAGAAAUAUAUACAGAUUGAACUGUUAGUGCUUAAUAGGUAUUAAAUUAAUUAAUCUGGAAAGCAAUUCGUUUAAAUACUAGAAUUAGAGAAGACAUCGUGCGAGGAUGCAUGUCUGACACCUGUUAUUGUAGAGACAAGUGAACCUGCUGCUGCCUUUCUGCAAAGCACCUCCGGAGAUCAACAACAUCCCUUCCAUUCUAUGGCGAGUAUGUGAAUAUCAUCUUAAGAGCCGUCAAAAAAAAAAAAAAUCCUCUCAUUCUAAGGUGAUUAUCGUAAGGCAAGUCAUCAUCACAUCACAGCCAGGGCAACACCAGACAAUAUGGACGACUUUGAGGACAAUUUCAUUGAUACAGACAAUGUGUGUGUGCCAGUCAGGUCUGGUACUUGUGACGAGAAUGCUGGUAGAAAAGAUGACAGAAUUAGAGUUUGUGGUGAUGAGGGAAAGGAGGUCAAAAGGGAGGAUAAGGAUUUAGUCUGCAGUGAGAAACUAACAGGCGGAAUCAUCAGUAAGGACAUGGAAGAAGGCAAGAGGAAGAAGGAUGAGAUCAGAAGGAAAGGAAUGGAGGAGGAGGUUAGAAGGGAAGAGAAAAAUAUAAAGGAUGAGGAAGGAAAAGGGACUAGCAGAAAGAAAGAGAAAAAAGGUAAUCUGAUAGAGUACGGACUUAAGGAACCAGUGAAAGAGGAUGAUAACAAGGCAGAAAAGGUGGAACAUUGCAUCUUGAUUGGUGCAGAUGGCGAUGGAGGAGAUCACAUUCUUCCUGGCACUAAUGAUGAUGGUAAAGAAGAAUUGCAUGAUGACCAGAACGGAGGAUCUAAUUACGUGCCCAGCCAAGCUGUUGUGAUCAACGUAACCCACAGAGGGGCAGGUACAGACGACUCCAGCUGCACCACACAGACCACAGACGACGACACAGACACCAACUCCGACUCCGACCUGUCGAGCGUGUCGACCCGAGCAGCUCGCAUGUUGCCAGACUCAGAGGAUGGUUUCGACAUGGUGCGGACUCUACGACAUUACCGACGCCGCCGCCGCCGCUCCUCCGACAGCAGCACCACAGACUCCAACUGCUCAUGCAAGUCUUGCGUCUCAAGGACUAACUGGUCAUUCUUCAGCACCGAGGAGGGACCACCUGGGGGUGAAGGCACCAUCUACCGAAGAGCUGCCAUCUGGCUAGAGAGCAUCAAGUAUUUGUGGGGCAUACUGAUCUACGGACUGCUGGCCAUGACCGUGAUAUUCACGGGAUCGGCGCUGUGGGCCAUGAAACAAGGAGACAAGGUCGGAUACAGGAUAUUCCCAUACACGCUGCCUCCGCUGGUGAUAGUAGUGACGGUGAUCAUUGUGUGGCAGGUGACCUGGUACGUCCUCCUGAAGAAGGGAUACGGUAAGGUGAGUGCUGAAUGCGAUUAA